AUGAAUUCAUCGAAACAAAAGUUUCCAUUAGACGAUGGCGGCUGGGUAGAGACACCAAAGCUUCGACAUCGCCUCAUCCACUCGCCAGAGCGAAAAGCAUCAUCUGUGCCCUCCUCUCCAUCCAUGAUACAAUCAAAUCACUUUGAAAUACUGUCGCCUUCAUUGUCCUCACUGCCUGCUUCAUCCUCCAGUACAAAGAAGCAUAAGCACCGAAAGAAGAAAAAGACACCACAGCAUAGCAGCAGCAGUAGAAACUCACCGUUAUCACAAGAACUGGCUGCACAUGACUGGGAUGAUCAUAUUGUCCCUAUCAAUGAUGAGGAUACGUUACCGAGCCCAGCUCUGAAAGAACAAGCAUCUCCACAAGACACUGUUCAGCAACCUUCGCAGCAGCAGCAACCAUCAUUGCCAUUGCCUGAUGAUUCUUUACGCCAAAUUUCGUUCUUGGAUUAUCUAAAGGAUGAGUUGACAGUGGCAGAUUUCGACAGUGCACAAGAGUUGAAGCGAGAGCGUGUUACCAACUUUUUAGGUGUUCCAGGAGCAAUAGAAAAGCUGAUGGGAUUCGGUUUCUUUGUUUGCCUGGAUUCCUUUUUAUAUACCUUUACCAUUCUUCCGCUUCGAUUCUGCUUAGCAUUCUACAAUUUUCUAAUCUACAUAUACAAGAACAUACAAGUGUUGUUCAAGCAGAGAGAGAGAUUUGUGCGAUUAAAAGCAUCACAAAAGUGCGAUUUGCUCAAAGGUUUUCUCAUCAUCAUUACAUGCAUUGUCAUGUGCUGGCUGGAUCCAUCGCGCAUUUACCAUUCUAUUAGAGGACAGGCAGUCUUAAAGCUGUAUGUUGUAUUCAAUGUAUUGGAAAUAUGUGACAAACUAUGCUGUUCUGUGGGCGUUGAUAUUCUGGAUGCAUUAUUCUCGAAAUCCACAUUAGGCAAUCCAGAGCAAGGCAUGGGUGGUGCCGCUUAUGCCAAGAGACAACUAAAGCCAAUUACGCUGUUUGUGCUAGCAGCUGUGAUUCAUACCACUGUUCUCUUCUUUCAAAUGAUCACACUCAAUGUAGCCAUCAACUUUUACUCGAAUGCUUUGUUAUCGCUUCUCAUUUCAAAUCAAUUUGUCGAAAUCAAGCAAUCCGUCUUCAAAAAGUUUGAGAAAGAGAAUCUAUUCCAACUGACAUGCGCUGAUAUUGUGGAACGAUUUCAACAGUAUGCCUUCUUGUUCAUCAUCACCUUGCGCAAUGUCAUUGAACUAUCCGAAUCAGGGCCAUCUUCCAUCCUGCCCUCCACAUUUGUGCCUCUGUUCAAGCUACCAGCAACCACGUCGCUCAAUACACUCAUGACGCCCGUUGUCAUGGUGAUUGCCUCUGAGCUCAUGGUCGAUUGGUUAAAACAUGCAUUCAUUACAAAGUUCAAUCAGAUCAGACCCACCAUCUAUGGAAAGUACAUUGAUGUCUUAUGCAAGGAUUUAGUGAUUGGAAGUCCCGGACGAAUCAGCGGUAGACACCAUGCCUUUGUGGAUCAAUCUCCUGUCGUAUCUCGUCGCAUUGGGUUCCCAGUACUGCCAUUAGCCUGCCUUCAUGUGCGUAUGAUGCAACAAAUCCUGCCCAUGAUGUUCAUGUCUCAUAACAGUCAAACAGCAAACACAAGUGCAGCUGCUUCCAUGAUCACUAAUAGCUUGUUAAAUUAUUUAAUCAACAAUCAAGGCAUGGUGAAUCAAAUGUUACCCGCGCGUAUUCAAUUAGUCGUGUUGUCCAUGGUCAAAGGAGGAUGGCUGGAAAAUGGAUUGGAUCAGUUGUUCCGCUUUAUUACUUGGACGUUGGUUGUGGUUGUGCUGGCUGUCAUUUUACUUGCACUCAAGGUGGUUGUAGGCAUCAAUUUGCUUGGUUUCGCAUACAAGAGAUUUACUGGUAUGGAAGAACGCGAUGAGGCAGAGGCGAAAAAAGAUAAAGAGAUGAAAGCCAUGAGCAAGGAUGAAACAGAGUACAAAACUUAUAUUCGAGACUAUCUCAGUAAUCCGGAUGACAACAUCAUGGGAGAGAAGCAAGUGAAAUACACCUUGGAAAAUGUAGAUCGAUUUUCAAUGGUAAAGAGUCGUAUUCCAUAG